AUGGAUGCAACGUCAAAAGAUCUUAACUUCGCAGAUGAAAAUACCAGUGCAAGUGAAAAGCAGGUGCUUAUGAGAUAUUUGCUUUAUGGUAUCUGCAAGCAGUUGUUAUGCCGACCCGUAGUUCUUAAUUAUUGCCAUGUUUAUUGUGAAAAUUGUGUGAUCAAUCCAAGCGACAAGCUAUGUAGAUGUGCAUUUUGCCAACUGGAGCAUCCAAAUGGAUACCCCAACAUUUGUUUGAUUCUUGCAUACUACCUGGAAGAGCAGUUUCCCGAGUUGUAUGCGUCAAAGGAAAAGGCAUCAGCGUAUAGAGUUGCUCGUCAGAUCCCAUCAGCACAAAAUCAGGACAAAGCUGCUGGUUGCAUAUCACUACCUAGAUUUGAUCUUUCGGCAUGGUUAAUGGGUGGAAGACCGCAAGUUCAUAUUGGAGUAGGUUGUGAUCAUUGUGUGAUAUGUCCUAUUUUUGGGGAACGGUACAAACGCAAAGACUGCAAGGAGAAAAUAGGAGCUUGA